AAGAAAUAAAAGAGAAGAAGCUUUCGACCAAAAAAACAAUAACAACACAAAUCUUUAUGAAUUUCGUUUGAUAUUUACAAGUUGUCUGAUGGAAAAAGCAGCAAUUCACUCCUCGCUACCCAAAGAAUCAAAUCACUUGUUUAGAUACUGUUCAUUACCAUGUAGCGCAGAGAAACGACUGCCGAUUUAUAGAUAAUAACGGUGGAAUAACAUGAAAGAAACAAUUUGCACGAUUGUAUGCAUUUCCCGAAUAUUGAUGUUUGCCGAACUAAUUGCGUUGAUAAUGAAAAUGAAGACAUAAAUGUGCUUAUGUGAUGUACUGCAAGAGAACGAUAUUACCUGUACGUCAAUGAAAGGGUGACUAAGACUUUUUUACUACGACACGUCUAAUAUAAUAUCAAAAACAAAUUUACCGUUGCAGUAAUGCUUUGAAAGAAAUAUUGGAGAUGAGGACGGACGGUAUUGAAUAUAUUUUGUUGUUUAUGACCGCAAGUAUUGUGAAUCAAGUCUUUGUACUUGCCGAUAGAUUUCUUAAGUUCUUCUUUGCAACAUAAUCUUCCGAUGGAUUCUAAAUUAAGCUCGAUGUUUUUCUAUUCCUAGUGACCCGUUGUCGUUGUAUAGCAAAUGAUUCGACCUGUUGGUCGAGUCCUUCGGCUUGGCGAACAUUCAAUGCUUCUAUCAGUGGUCGUCUUGUUCUACCUCAUUCAUCAGCUACACCUUGUGCUGAAAAUGAAUUCAAUGAAUCACUUUGCAAUGAAACCAUUCGUUAUUGGUCGGAUUCAUCGGGGCGCAGUGACCAAGUUGGUACAAUGCAAUACUUUCAUUGGGAAAAUGUAUCAUGUUCAAUAAAUAAUAGAAAUUCGAAAUGUACUCAAGGAUCUAUACCUGUAUAUGCUGUUGAUGCCAUAUGGCCUGAAAAUAUUCAGGCAACAUUAUGA